AUGGUUUCCAUCGACCAUGUGGCUCACAAAAUACUGACGUACUUCCCAUAUGUUCUUGUUUUGAUUGAUAUGAGGUUUCAAGGAGUGAAAUGUGGCAAGGAUGGGAGUGUGGACAAUCACAUGGAGAUGGGGAAGAAACUUCUUGCUGCUGGCCAGCUAGCUGAUGCCCUCUCUCAUUUCCAUGCAGCUGUGGAUAGAGAUCCCCAAAACUACAUGGCAUACUACAGAAGAGCUACAGUGUUUUUAGCAAUGGGGAAGUCCAAAUCAGCAUUGCCUGAUUUAAGCAGAGUCAUUGAACUCAAACCGGACUUCACAUCUGCACGGCUUCAGAGAGGAAACCUUCUUCUGAAGCAGGGAAAGCUGGAUGAAGCAGAGAGUGACUUCAAGAAGGUGCUGAAGUCCAACCCCAGCGACAAAGAAGAGAAGGAGGCCCAGAGCCAGCUAACAAAAUCAGAUGAAAUUCAGCGCCUGGUGGCUCAGUCACACCGGAGCUUCGACGACAAGGAUUAUGUGACAGCUGCUGCACAGCUUGACACCGUCAUCGAGACGUGCGUUUGGGAUGUGACCUCUCGUGAGAUGCGAGCAGAGUGUUUCAUUCAGAUGGGAGAGAUGGGGAAAGCUAUCAGCGACCUUAAAGCUGCAUCCAAGUUAAAGAAUGACAAUACCCAGGCUUUCUACAAGCUGAGCACCAUCUACUAUAAUCUUGGAGACCAUGAGAUGUCCCUCAAUGAGGUGCGUGAGUGCUUGAAGUUGGAUCCUGAUCACAAGCAGUGUUACAGCCAUUACAAGCAAGUGAAGAAGCUCAACAAACAGAUCCAAGCUGCUGAGGAAUUCAUCCAAGAACAAAGGUAUGAAGACGCAGUGAGCAAGUACGAGGCGGUGAUGACGACCGAGCCCAAUGUGCAACAUUUCUUGCUUCUUGCCAAGGAGCGAAUCUGCCAUGCGCUAACACAGGCCCAGCAGGCUAGCAGAGCAAUCUCAGUGUGUAGCGAAGUCCUAAAGUCCAGUCCUGCGAAUGUUAACGUGCUGAAGGACAGAGCUGAGGCUUAUCUGCAAGAUGAACAGUAUGAGGAAGCUGUUAAAGAUUACGAGACUGCUGCAAAACACAGCGAGGGGGACCGUCACAUCAAAGAAGGUCUGGAAAGAGCACAGCGGCUACUCAAACAGUCUCAGAAGAGGGAUUAUUAUAAGAUCCUUGGAGUGAAGAGAACUGCCCAGAAAAAGGAGAUUAUCAGAGCCUACAGGAAACUGGCACAACAGUGGCACCCGGACAACUUCCAGGAUCCGGAGGAAAAGAAGAAGGCAGAGAAGAAGUUCAUAGACAUCGCUCAGGCUAAGGAGGUUCUCACUGAUCCAGAGAUGAGAACCAAGUUUGACCACGGAGAAGACCCCAUGGAUCCAGAGAGCCAGCAGGGGCAUCAUCAUCAUCACUUCCACGGCGGUUUCCACGGCUUUCAGGGUUUCAAUCCGUUUGGCUCCGGGCCCUUUAACUUCAAAUUCAACUUCAACUGAGGCGGCUUACUCUUCAGCACAGCUGGAGUGAAUAUUUGUACUUUCCUCCCUAUUUAAAAGGGAGAUCACUGGCAUAAAAAGACUGUUCACAAGUAUCAUAAAAAUGUGGAGCAUAAGGUGACUGAUUCAGUGACUAAUUAAUUAAAAAUGCAUCUUUGCUGUGGGAAUCAUAAAACUUUGGGGGAAAGGUCUCCUACUCUGCUAACAAAUAUCGGACUUAUGUGAAGCGGCUUUUAUCUGUCAGAUCUUACUCUUGUAUCCUCUCCACACAUUGUACAAUCACUUCACAUCCAUUCGUAGGAAUGUAUUUGUACAGAGGUACAGUAUUAUUUUUGUAUGAAUGGAGGGUUUUUUGAACUGUAAAUAAAGAGCUAUUUAUGUACAUUAAA